AUCAUUGCUGUCUCUGUCCUCCUGUGUUUUACAAACAGCAUUUGUGAUUUCUUGAUGGAUUAUGAAUUUGACAAGCACCACCCCUGUUUUACAACUGAAGCCUUGGAUUCAGACUUCUUUUGGCUCCUCAGGUCGUGUACUGGGAAGAUGACACAAAGCCAGACACUGUUGGCAAAGUGAGAAUAUCUGGAAACGCCACGGCAGUUAACAUCACGGGGCUGAAGGUGAACAUGGCGUACUACCUCUCUGUGGCUGCUUUCAACACCGCCGGGCCAGGCCCCCAGUCAGUGCCCAUCAACACCACCACAAAGAAACCACCACCGGAUCGAGCUCCAGGGAACAUACAGUGGACCGUGACUGGCUCCACACUCACACUGCACUGGGAUCCUGUAGUAGCCAUGGAGACUGAGUCAAAGGUCACUGGCUAUUUGGUGCUGCUGAAGAGUCAUCGUCACAAUGAAGUCAACAGCAGACUGACCAACAAAACCACUGUGGAGCUCAGUCUCUCCUCCAGUGACAACUAUCUCAUUCAGAUCAAGGCCCUGAGUGAGGGUGGUGAAGGUGCGGGUAGUGAACCCAUCCACAUCCACAAAUUGAGCAUGGGAGCUCGAGGCUCAGGAACAGGAUGUCUCAGCCCAUUGUACCGCUCUGCACUCAUCAUCUGUGCACUGCUCGGCUCCAUCUGGUGAUAUCUAAUCACUGCCCUCCCAUCCUCUCAGUCAGUCUGUCCUACAUUAACCCUCCGCUGGACUGGCGUGAGGCCCACAAUUCAACAGGAGGACUGAAA